AGCAGAGCGACACUUCCAGCUGUAAGCAGCGAGAAUCAACCUUCAUCGUACCGUAUCUCAUCCAGGCCCCAGGAUCACAUUUGGAGGCACAUUUUCUGUCAUUUGCGCAGUCAUAGAGUUAUAACUCGGUAUUCUCCUGCGAAAAGUGCUUUACCCUCGGCCUCCACCCGAAUUCGUGGUAUUACACCGCAUCAUUUUUGAUUGUGUGCACCAUUAAGCUCUCAAGUCCCGCUUUUCUUCGAUAACUGGUGUGCUCAAAUUCAAAAAUGGACGGAGACCGUGGACGCAGUGUCGAUGCAGUGAUCUUCGGUGCCACGGGCUUCACCGGGGAGCGCGUGGUGCGUGCAGCCAUUCGCAAGCAGAAACAGGAGCCAGGUUUCACUUUUGCUAUCGCUGGACGAAGCGUGGACAAGCUGCGACAAGUCCUUAAUCGCUGCAAGCAGAUCAGUGGUCUGGGUGAGUUCGAAGUCAAACUGAUUGAAGCCGAUGUGAGCCGUCCUGAAUCGAUUCUGGAGAUGUGCCGACAGGGGAAAGUGGUCAUUAAUUGCGUUGGACCGUACCGGUUUUAUGGCGAACAAGUCGUUAAGGCAUGCGUGGACGCAGGCACUCACUAUGUGGACAUCAGUGGAGAGCCUCAGUUUUUGGAAAGCAUGCAGUUACGCUACGAUCAACAAGCCCGAGAGAAGGGAAUUUACAUCGUGGGUGCUUGUGGAUUUGAUUCGAUUCCGUCGGAAAUGGGCGUUGCUUUUACGAAGAAGCAUUUCGAUGGUGAUCUGAAUUCCAUUGAGACCUUUCUCAGUUUCAAAGCUGGUCCGGAGGGUACGUCUGCUCAUUAUGCCACCUGGGAAUCGGCUGUGCAUGGUAUUUCUGCUGCUGCUGAACUCUCUCCUAUUCGAAAACAGCUGUUUGCCCAGCGUCUGCCUCGUCCUACCCACAAAGUGGAGGAAAAAAAAGUUUUCUAUAACGAAGAUGUGCGCGGUUGGGCGAUCCCAUUUCCCGGCGCGGACCGCUCAAUUGCGCGCCGCACCGAGUAUCUGGAAUUUACAGAACAGAAUCACCGACCGGUCCAGGUGAUUUCCUAUCUGAAAACCGGAUCGAUUAUUAAUACGGCGCAGAUUGUGAUUUUCGGAGCCCUUUUCAUGUUCAUGGCGAAGUUCAAAUUCACUCGCGAUCUCCUGCUUAAAUAUCCCAAAGUGUUUUCCAUGGGCUUUUUCUCACAUGAAGGGCCGACUGAGGAGCAGAUGCGUAACACCAGCUUCCGCAUGGAGAUUGUCGGCCGAGGUUAUUCCCAGAAACUGUCGUCACCGGACGAGGUCCACACCGCCGUUCCGGAUAAAAGGAUUGUAGCAGAAGUUACUGGACCGGACCCUGGUUACAAUGCCACGUCGGCUAUGGUGUUGGAGAGUGCUAUGACAAUCCUGGAGGAAUCUGGUCAACCGAAAUCUCGCAUCCCUCGCUUUGGUGUUCUUCCUCCCGGAUAUGCUUUUGAGAAUACCGGUUUGAUUGGCCGCCUGCAUGAUCAUGGAAUUGGAUUUAAAGUCAUUUCAAAGGAUGCCUAAAUGGAUUUGGACUUAAAUGGAUUGCGUUUCUGUUUAAAUUUCCUAAAAGUUUAUUUUCCGUUUUUGUUUGUGUAAUUAUCAGUCUUUGGGUAAGAUUUUUAAUUUAACUGCCGGUGAUUAUUUCGGUAAUGCGUGCCUCGAGCCGGUCGGUAGAUGCGUUUUAACUGCAUUUGAUACCGCACAUGUUCACUUUGCUGAUGAUAAUGAUGUUUCCUGUUUUCGGUUAUUAUAAUAUACUGUUUUAUGGCGCCGGAAGCUACUUUUAUUGCGAAUUUGAUAAAAUUUUUAUUGGUGAAA